AUGGAUGUCCUCACAGUCAGGAUACUGCUGCCGAUAUUGAUCACCGACAUCAUUUGGGCAACUCCGGCUGUGCUAGCGAGUACUCCCAUCGUACCUUCAACUCUGCCGCCUUUUGCGACGGCGAGCGUGAAGUCGAGGAACAACGGUACGCCGAUGGGAGCAUCGCGGCCGCAAGAAGGCGCGACGUAUUUCAACGCCACGUCACCGUCUGACGCCAAUGCGACGUCGAUACCAGAGGAGAGCGAACGUGUUCUCAACCACCUGAUGCGCCUGAUGGAGACGCUAAAUCACGUGCCGUAUCUGGAAGCACUGUCUCGUGGUUCUUUGCACGACAAGGACAAGAUACCGGUCAUCAAGGAGGCCGUCAAGGAGCUCAAAGUGGGAGUUCACGACAACGCUACGUUGAGCGUCACGUUGUACGAAUCGCCGCAAGAGGGCGGGGAGGCCUUGCCAACGAUGCAGAAGGAGUUCAUAUUCGUACAUCCACCCGCCAACGCGUCUCAAGACUUGGCGCCCGAAGCGGGAAACCUGCACGGACACAUCUCGCCGCACGCGCCGCACAGAGGUGUUUGCUGGAGCUACGAGCCUAGAGGUAACAAGCCGGUGUUGCCAUUUGCAUCGGCGCACUCCAAGUUAGUCAAAUGUGCCGUGAUUCAGUCGUGUUUCCACAAUUCUUUGUCCAAGUCUUGUGAGCAUAAGAUUGAGGAAAGUUUGUGGGGCCAGGCCAAGCGUCUGUGCGACUCCGGUUACCCCAUGAGACUGUUGUCAGCGGUGGCGGAGCGCCUGAACAAAAAGUACAGGUCUAAUCCGAGUGAGCAUCAGAGUGACACUCGAAGGAAAAAGCUCGCAGUAGUGCCCUACAUCCACACCCGCAAGCGCGAGUCAUUUCUCGCACGCAGCGUGGGCGGCCACGAGAGGCAGGGUUACCGUUACGGCCAAUGGGCCGUCGGUGGUCGGAGCCAGAAGCACGAGCAGCACGGUCGCCAGAGCGCGGGCGGUGCUCAUCGCCACCUGGAGGACGCCCACGGCAAAGUGCACAAGGAGCGAGGCCACGACAAGGGUGGUCAGGCCGAGCGAAAGUACAGGGUUCGCACCGAGAUCGAGUACUUCGAGAGGGAGAAAUUCAAGGACGACGAACACGACAAGCUGAAAGCGGCCCACCGGAGCAAAGCGAGCACGGACGCCAUCAAGGGCGCCGACAGAUUCGCAUCGCAAGGGCACCAGAGCCACCAGAGGCACCUCGGCGGGGGCUAUGCACAGGGGACCCAGCACGCUGUGGGCGUCGGCUAUGCACCCGUAUACGUUCAUGGUGCCCCGGUCGCCGGCGGCAACAAGGGCAUAGACGGUGGCAGGAGGGACUUCUCUCAGAAAGACGCGCAGAACCACGAAGAGUACCACCACGAGGCCGGCUCGCAGGGCUUCACCGACAAGGACAAAGGACACCAACGUGCCGGAUGGAGAGAGCGUGGCUACCGCAUCAUCGCGGAGAAGGAGUACGUCGACAAAGACAAACAUCACGACAAGGCUUACGGUGUCGACAACCAGGAGCGAGGGCAUCGACUCCGGUCCCAGGGACAACACGCUCACAAGCAAGGACAAGAUGACAUAAAGAAGGCGAAGGAACACUACGGUCACGGCGUGCACGACUCGGCUCACCACGAGAAGGCUCACAAGAACAGGGCUGCCUACGGAAAGACUUACCAUGGCUCCACAGUGCAUCUCGCGGGUCCACGUGACCAUUUGUCCAGUUCCACGGACAAGGUAGCCGAGCUCGAAGCCGGAAAUACAACGAACACACCCGACGACACACCGAGAAGAAAGAAAGUCAUUCGAAUUCGAGUACUGAGCAAGACACCUGGCAUCGCUUCGGUCACGAUCGGGGGACGAGCCACAAACGUACCACCGGAAACGGGUCCGCACCACGACGCUGAAGAGCCGACGGAACACGCUUCGCCGCCUAAAGACAUUUCUCAAGUAGACAACUUCGGUCGUAGUUAUGAGAGUCUCGCAGGAGGCUCAGCGGCGGAUUCAACGCGGACGCCAAAGAAACAUUUCGUUCCUAUGGAAGUGUUGGCGAGCCUCUACACAAACGUCCGAGGUGACCCAUUUGUAGCCAUCCCAAGAGAGCAACAGAACUUGAACAACCAACCUUACUCCGCUCAAAUCCAUCGUCCAGUUGUACACAGUCAGGGUCCCGCCGUGAACAGCCGUGAACUGUACAAUGAAAAGUCCUUCCAGCCCUUAAUCGUAAAUCCUGGGUUACGGGAAGAAAACAGGGAGAACAGGAAUCCUAAUUAUGGAACACAAACAUACGGUCCUCCUUCGACCGUUGACACCGCCGGACCUGCGUUGCAUCAUUCACCCGGCGUUGAAACUGGAGGGCGAACUCACUACGGACAACAGGGUUAUAUUCCCGGACCACCACCUAGACUGACAUCCUUAAGUCGAGGGAAUCAUCAAGCUCAAGCAAACGUUGCCACGAGCGAAGGGUCGGGCGGGCACCCUGACUUCAAGCCCAAUUCUGAAAUAGGGGUGGACGCAGUACCGCCUUACACUGCAACCUCUGCAGAUCAGGACAGCAAUAACGUACGGUUUUACAACACACAGGUGAACAAUGGUCAAGGCCAGUCGAACGCUUACGGGAACCCUGGGGCAUUAAGCGUAAACCAGGUUCCCGGUGCACUUCACGUCCUCAGUCAGACUCAAAACGCCCCAAAUGACGGAUACUAUACUGGGAAUGCUCCGGCCCCUCUUGCACAACAGCAGCAGUCUCCAGUACCAGUAGCGAUGACUCACGCUCUUAGAUAUCCCGGUCAAGUCACUUCGCGCCCUGACAUUCCUUACGCCAACCCAUACAACGUUGACGCUGGUGUUGUCAUUCCAAGUCAAGAUGCUGGAACAGUCCCCGCUGUUCAUGUGUCCACGUACCCAGUCUACGUCGAAGGGACAGCUGUCCAGCCAGACACUUACAGAUUGCCGAUAGAAAAGCCUGGAGUUCAAGGCGGCUACUCGCCUCAUGUGCUCACUGGGGUCAGUGGUUAUCAAGGGGCGGAUAACCCUACUGUGGGUCAUUAUGUUCAAGUCUACCCAGGGGUGCAAGAGGCUUCGCAGAUAGUACCUGUAGGGCAAGAGAAAGAUAGGAAAUCGAAACUAUUCUUUAAGACAUUCGAUGAUAAAGAUAUAAAUGGUUCACCUACGCUGCAGUCAUCAGAAGAUAAUGAAAAAGACAAUAACAGGCAAACUGACGAUGAUGGCACGAAAAACGCAAAUGAAUCAUACGACGACGGUAGGCUAUCGACCUGUCAAGAAGAAAAUUGCACACUACCCAUAGAAAAAUCACGUUUGAACCAGUUAGCCCUCUCAAAGGCGACGGCAGUCUUUAGAGACUUCGACAAAAUAAAGAAGCCGUUCAGAGACUGCCAAACCGGAGCUUGUGGUCAGGGUCGAAAGUGCAGCCGCAAGGAGCUAGCAAGUGGUAUGUGUUCGUUGAAAAAAGAUAACUCCGUGACAUCGCCUGUGAAUGGGUUCAGAAAAAUCCAGAAGGAGAGUAUGGAUUUCGGACGUUCGAAGGGACGUUCAGACGAGGAGUUGAGUUCUGAGGCAACAGAGAAAAGUGGCGAACGCACGGAAGGUCAAAAUGAUGACCAGUUGAAGCCAAGUACCAUGGAAGAGCAAGCAAUUAUGACCGCCGAUGCUCAACUAAAGGCGGCUCGGCCGACGCUCGAAGGCAUGGGGUACAUAUUGAAUUUAGGCAAACCAGCCAGGAAACCUCUGCGUCCUGACAAGAUUAUCAAGAUCGUCAAGAAAGAUUACUUUAGCCAACCACUGCGUCUGAGUUCCGGGGGAAAUGUUAAACACGACGGCCUGUGGCACGCCAAGACUUCGGCGAGUUGACGACGAGAAGUUUGGAGUAGGUUUUUACAGCGCCUGGCCCGACCAUAGCUGGUAUUCACAGUGUCAAACAGUAUGGUGUAAAUAUCUCAUGUCCGACGCCAGUUAAAUUUUUAAGAAAUACAAAACUGACUUCGAUGUCAUAAACUGUUGAAUAAUGCAACAGAAGAAAGAGCAAAUAAAGGGGAACGUAAUA